AUGGCGCCGUCGACAAAAUAUCAAAAAAGGUAAUAUAAAUUAUUUAUGAUAUUGAGAUGUAAUCCUUUGUAAUCCGUCAUGCAUAUCGUUUUUGCUUAGGCCAAAAUUAGCAUAUAAACCUUUCUUGUAUAAGCAGUAAUAAUUUAUUAGCGUGAAUAUAAAUCAAUUCUUCAUACAAUUAUAAAAAAAAAAAAAAUACUGGAAGUUACGUUCGCAAGGGAAGUUCAAGUGCUGCCUUGACUCUACCUACAGCAGUACAGUGCCACAGUGAGAGUGCACCCUUGCCAUGUUCACAAAUGUUGUUAAUAGUAUUAGCCAUAAUCUCAACGGUAUAUACAAGCCAUUUAUGAUUUUUAUGGCCCAUAAAACCCAUAAAUUAUGGGCACUUGCUGGACAGUCGUACGUGCAUGCGACGGUUUGGAGGUGUCGCGUGUUAGUAUUGUAUAAAACAAUGCCCUCAACUUCCAAAACAGAUUUACACGUUGAUUUAAAACAUAUGCUAUUGAUAAAUUUCCAGUGUCUUAUUUAACAAAUAACAAAUCGGCAGAAACAGAUCAGAUCGCAGAAAUAAUCAUGAUAGAAUCGAGACAACUGCAUGUUGCCGGCAUGUACUGAUGUACAGUUAUGGUUAUUGGUUUAUAAAUUGUUUUAGAGAAAUAAAAAAUGAAACGAAAGUAUAAAUCAGGAUCUGCAAAAAGGGCGGAAAAGAGAAGAAGUAUUCAAAUAGCUACCAAAAUACAGCUCGUAUAGCCUCAUUCUUUGAAAAAGCUGAAAAUGUUGAAAGUGAUGCUGAAGAUACUCCAUCAACAUCUUCCUUGGCUGAUGAAGCUCAAUUAAGUACAUCAAAUGAAGGUGUAGACAGUGGGAGCAUGAAGAAAAAUGCUGAAACUUCUAAUGAUCAAUUAGGACUUUUCCAUCUGGCCAAUGAAUACCCUACUGACAGAAGGCACUUCCCAUCCUCAAUUGAAGAAGGGGAUUUAAAGAGACUUAUUCUUAGUCAUGGCCCAUGUAAACCUGAUGGACCAUUUACAGUGGAAGACGAACAAG